AUGGCAUUCACACAUAUCGUCAAAUUGUUGGCAAGCAUACUAUUGCUUGGGUUUGCAUCGCUCGCAAAAGCUGACGGCAAGUACUUGAAGACAAACUCGUUGCUCACGUGUAUGGAGAACUCGGAAUUCUCGAGUACCUACUUCUCGGUGACUUACUACCCGUCCAAUAACUCGAUCUACUACGAGAUUGACGGUUCGUCACUCAUAACGGGAAAAAUUAAGGCGACGUACAGCAUCAUCGUGUACGGAUUGGACGUGUACGAUGGGGAGUUGAACCUCUGUGACUUCAACAUCAAGACAAUCUGUCCAAUUUCGGCGGGUCACGUGGAUAUCUCGGGCACGUACAAGAUCUCGUCAUCGCAGGUUUCGAGUAUUCCAAGCAUAGCAUACACAGUUCCGGACUUGGAUGCAUACGUGCAGGUGCACGUGUACAGUACGGACGAUUCGGACUCGAAAACAAUGCUUGCAUGCAUGCAGGCGACGCUCUCGAACGGCCGAACUGUGCAGACGCGUUAUGCAGGGUGGCCAAUUGCGUGCAUUUCCGGUUUUGGACUCGCGAUCUCGUCGUUUGUGUCUCUUUUCGGCCAUUCGGCGACAGCAUCGCACAUUGCGUCCAAUGCAGCAUCUUUGUUCAUCUACUUCCAGACUUUGGCAAUCCAUGCAAUGAUGGGAGUGGCAAAAGUGCCACCAAUAGCCGCAGCCUGGGCCCAAAACUUCAUGUGGACUCUUGGAAUCAUCAGGGCUGGAUUCAUGCAGCAAAUGUUGUACUGGUACAUCCAGGCAACGGGAGGUAGUGUGACGUCCAUUCUUACGAACCAGUCUGUGAUCUCGAUCUCGGUGCAACGCAAGUUCAGCCACCUUUUGCACUCGUUAUUCAAAAGAGCGGUUUCUGUGGCAUCCGGGAGCACAAUCGACGUUUUGGACCAGACCAGCCUCUAUACGACAAACGAGGAUGACGUGGGCUCGAAGAUCUUGGUGCUCCGGGGAAUCCAGCGUGUGGCAUAUCUCGCCGGAAUAGAGAUCUCGAACAUCUUCAUGACAAGCAUCAUCUUCUUCCUAUUUGUUGGUUUCGUGCUCAUCGUCUUCGUGGCCCUCUUCAAAGGCGCAGUCGAGGUUUUGGUGCGUUCCGGGGCGCUCAACCCGGGCAAACUGUCCGCAUUCCGCAGCCACUGGGUGUCCAUCAUCAAAGGUCUUCUCUACAGGCUCAUGAACAUCACCUUCUCGCAGAUCAGCUUGAUGUGCAUCUUCGAAUUCACCAGGCACGAUUCUGCUGGCUGUGUGGUGUUUGCCGUGGUUAUUGGCCUCGUUGUCUGGGUGCUAAUGUGCUAUUCUGCAAUUCGAAUCUUGCUCACAGGUCGCAGGUCCAUCCACCAGCAUAGCAAUCCGGCAUAUCUGCUUUUUGGAGACGCCAAAUUCCUCAGCAAGUACGGCUUUUUGUACACGCAGUACAAGGCUGGGAAGUUCUACUGGACGCCGAUCUCUAUGGUGUAUCUAUUUGUGCGUGCUUUGCUCAUUGCCGUGCUCCAGGACCACGGAAAGAUUUGUGCCUGCAUGAUUUUCGCAAUCGAGUUCCUCUACAUGCUCGCGUUGAUCUGGAAAAGACCCUUCAUGGACAAGCGGACCAAUUUGUUCAAUAUCUUCAUCGCCAUCGUCAACUUCAUCAACUCCAUCUUCUUCAUGUUCUACUCCAAUGUCUUCAACCAGCCAUCUGUGGUUUCCUCUGUCGCGGCAAUCGUCUAUUUCGUCUUGAAUGCCGUCGUUGCCUUGAUCACCUUGAUCAUGACAAUUGUCACCUGCACCCUUGCCCUGGUCCACCGCAAUCCCGACUCUCGAUAUGCUCCCUACCAGGACGACAGAGCCGCUUUCAUACCGAAAUCUGACAACCGCAAGAGCCAGGCCGAAUACGAGCUUGAAGCUCUUGGUGCUGCUGCCAUGAGAGGCCACAAUAGAGACAGUAUGCUCCCCGAUAAUGAUGCCGAGAUCAAGUUUGACACCACCAACAACAGGGCCUCUGGAAAUCCGUUCAACAUAGAUGAAAAUGACAACGAUGCCCGGUACAGUUCUCCCGUCAAGAAAGACGCUUACUAUAACGGUUAUUAUUCGGAUGCCGACUACCGGGGGCGACGAGGGGCCGCUGACAGCUCGGCGAGCAACUCGAAUGAAGCCUUCUUCCAAAAGCAUGCCAUGAAUCAGAGAAACAUAAUAUGA